ACUUCUCUACCAACACUGUUGUUGUGAUGAGCUCUAUUUAAAUGAGCUGCCGGAUCGGGGCAGGUUCCAGCCACACAUGAGCACUGUCAUUUUGGGGAACAUGGAGGGCUGAAGGAUUUUUGGAUCGAGUCCUAAAAGGCUGAGAGUGAUGGCCUCCUGAGCUAUGCAGAGGGCGACAGAGCUAGUUCCUGAAAGUUGAAAAUCUCGUUUUCUUCCUUCUGAGCGUCUGUUCCAAGGCACCCAGAGGAUUAGGAAGGAGAUGCAGCUAGGAAGAGAGUCGCCUCUUUGAGGUCUCCCUCUUGCUGUUCAGUUUGGGAAAAAUACUGCAGAGCCUUCGAGAUAAACAGGAACAGGAGGAGCCAACCAAGCCCUUUCUUGCAGAAGCGUCUCAGAGCUCAUCUCCUGUCCUGGGUGUAAGCGAGUAUACCUUACCAAGGAUGUAACUGAACAUUUUUUUGCUGCAGUGCUUUUCUUCUGAGCAAUCCAAGAUGGCCAGGAACUGCUCCGAGUGCAAGGAGAAGAGGACGGCACACAUCCUCUGUACCUACUGCAACCGCUGGCUGUGCAGCUCCUGCACGGAGGAGCACCGGCAUGGCCCUGCCCCUGGGGGCCCACUCUUUCCCCGGACCCAGAAAGGAUCUCCAGGAGUGAAUGGUGGUUCUGGAGACUUCGCCUUGUACUGUCCUCUACACACACAGGAAGUGCUCAAGCUAUUCUGCGAGACCUGUGAUGUGCUCACAUGCCAUAGCUGCCUCAUGGUGGAACACAAAGAACACAGGUGUAGACAUCUUGAAGAAGUUUUGCAAAACCAGAGGAUGCUUCUGGAAAGUGUGACUACACAGGUGGCGCAUAAGAAAUCUAGUCUACAGACAUCUGCAAAGCAAAUUGAGGACAGGAUUUUUGAAGUGAAGCAUCAGCACAGGAAGGUGGAAAACCAGAUCAAAAUGGCCAAGAUGGUUCUGAUGAACGAGCUGAACAAACAGGCCAAUGGGCUCCUAGAGGAGCUGGAGGGCAUUACUAAUGAAAGGAAGCGGAAGCUGGAGCAGCAGUUACAGAGCAUCAUGGUUCUCAACCGUCAGUUUGAGCAUGUGCAGAAUUUCAUUAAUUGGGCUGUCUGCAGCAAAACCAGCAUCCCUUUCCUUUUCAGCAAAGAGCUGAUUGUGUUUCAGAUGCAGCGAUUGCUGGAGACCAACUGUAACACAGACCCUGGUUCCCCUUGGAGUAUCAGAUUCACUUGGGAGCCUAACUUCUGGACCAAGCAGCUGGCUUCCCUUGGCUGUAUAACUACUGAGGGUGGACAGCUGUCCCCGGCAGAUACUCCUGCUUAUGGAAGCUUACAGGGACCGUCAUCUUUCUAUCAAAGCCACCAGUCCCCAGGGGCUCAGCAGGAGACUCUCAGCCAUCCCUCGCACAGGUUCCAGUCUCCAGCACUGUGUUCCUCGUCUGUGUGCUGCUCCCAUUGCUCCCCAGUCUCGCCCUCCCUCAAAGGCCCGGUCCCGCCACCCAGCAUACACCCAGCCCACAGCUUUAGGCAGCCCUCUGAGACGGUGCCCCAACAGCUGAGGUCACUGCAGUGCUCCCCGCUGCUGCCCAGGGAAAAAGAACUGCCCUGCCGUCCUCAUCCACCAAAGCUACUUCAACCCUGGCUGGAAACCCAGCCCCCUGCGGAGCAAGAGAGCACAUCCCAGCGGCUGGGGCAGCAGCUGACUUCCCAGCCCGUGUGCAUCGUCCCCCCGCAGGAUGUUCAGCAAGGAGCCCACGCCCCGCCCGCCUUUCAGACACCCUCUGUCCAGGUGCAGUUGGGCCACCACCAGAAGCUGAAGCUCAGCCACUUUCAGCAGCAGCCGCCGCCGCCGCCCGCUCCGCCCCAGCAGCAGCCGCCCCCACCUCUCCCUCCAUCCCAGCAUCUGGCUUCCAGUCAGCACGAGAGCCCUCCUGGGCCUGCCUGUUCCCAGAAUGUGGACAUAAUGCACCACAAGUUUGAGCUGGAGGAAAUGCAGAAGGACCUGGAGCUUCUCCUUCAGGCUCAACAGCCCAGCCUGCAGCUGAGUCAGACCAAAUCGCCUCAGCAUCUUCAGCAAACCAUCGUGGGGCAGAUCAACUACAUUGUGAGGCAGCCGGCGCCCGUCCAGUCCCAGAGCCAGGAGGACACAGUGCAGGCUACAGAUGAGUCCCCAGCAUCUGAAGGCCCAAAGCCAGUUCUCCCUCUUGACAAGAAUACUGCUGCUAACUUGCCCCAGGCAUCUGGGGAAGAAACUCCUCACAGUGUUCCCCCACUGGACAGCGCCAUCCAGCACUCCUCUCCGAAUGUGGUGAGAAAGCACUCCACUUCUGUGAGCGUCAUGGGCUUUUCCAACACACUGGAGAUGGAACUGUCGUCCACCAGGCUGGCGAGGACCUUAGAGCCACAGAUCCAGAGUGCGAGCAGCCUGACAGCUGCCCCACCCCAGGUGGUACCAAGCCUGCUGAGUGGCCCCCCACCAACCGUGUCCAGCCUGGUGGGCGGUCAGAACCAGGCUAUGCCCAGCCUGACAGCCAGUCACCUGCCGACCAUGCCCAGCCUUGUGCGUGGCACACCCCACUCCAUGCCCAACCUGACGAGUGAUCCCUCCCAGGCCAUCACAAGCCUGGCAAGUGAUCACUCUCAGACUGGGCCCAACCUGAUGUCUGGUCCCACCCACACUGUACCAAGCCUGGCAACUUGUCCUCUGCAGAGCGUGCCUCCGGCUUCUAACAUGCAGUCGGAAACCGGAUCCAGCUGCAGUCCUGGCUCUGGCCGAACUUCAGGGAGCCUGUGCCCGGGGGAUGGGGCUGACCCCUCCCUGGGGAAUGCCCUGUGUAAGAUGGAAAAUGAGGAUUCUACCUGCUUCACUGACUCUCUGGGACAAGGCCCCGCAGCCCCUGGUCCGGACACUUCCAAGGAUUUGGCUAUCCCCUCAGAACUGGAGGAGCCAAUUAACCUCUCUGUGAAAAAACCUGCACUGGUCCCAGUGGUCAACAAAUCCGUGGCCCUGCAGCAGUACCAGAGCCCAGAAGAGUGUGAGAAUUUUGAACAAGGAACCCUAGGCCUGGGUACAAAAGGGAACCAGAGCAUCAGACCCUUCAGUAGUGAGCCCAAGAUUCCCUAUGUGCGACUGGAGCGGCUCAAGAUCUGUGCUGCCUCCUCAGGAGAGAUGCCUGUGUUCAAGCUGAAGCCACAGAAGAAUGAGCAGGAUGGGAGCUUCCUGCUGAUCAUUGAAUGUGGUGCUGAGUCCUCCAGCAUGUCCAUUAAGGUCAGCCAGAACCACCUGUCUGAUGCCAUCCAGGCCCCAAACCUGGGGGGAAGAAAGGUCACUGUCACAUCUCUGGCUGGGCAGCGGCCACCAGAAGUGGAGAGUGCAUCUCCUGAAGAACACAGGCUCAUUCCUCGAACCCCUGGAGCCAAGAAGGGGCCCCCAGUACCAAUAGAGAACGAGGAUUUCUGUGCUGUGUGCCUCAACGGGGGAGAGUUGCUGUGCUGUGACCGCUGCCCCAAAGUGUACCACCUUUCCUGCCACUUGCCAGCCUUGCUCAGCUUCCCAGGGGGAGAUUGGGUGUGUACCUUGUGCCGCAGCCUGACCCAGCCUGAGAUGGAGUACGACUGCGAGAAUGCCCGCUAUAACCAGCCUGGAGUGCGGGCCCCUCCUGGCCUGAGCGCGUGUGACCAGAAGAAGUGUGAGAAGCUGGUACUGUCCUUGUGCUGCAACAGCCUCAGCCUGCCCUUCCACGAGCCUGUCAGCCCGCUGGCCCGGCAUUACUACCAGAUUAUCAAGAGACCCAUGGACCUGUCGAUCAUCCGGAGGAAGCUGCAAAAGAAGGACCCAGCUCACUACACCACCCCAGAGGAGGUGGUAUCAGACGUCCGCCUCAUGUUCUGGAACUGUGCUAAGUUCAAUUAUCCCGACUCCGAGGUUGCAGAGGCAGGCCGCUGCCUGGAGGUGUUCUUUGAGGGCUGGUUGAAGGAGAUCUACCCGGAGAAACGGUUUGCUCAGCCAAGGCAGGAGGACUCAGACUCUGAGGAGGAGUCUAGUGAGAGUGGGAAUUCCACUCCCCAGGGCUUUCCAUGGCCCCACUACAUGCAGGAGGGCAUCCAACCCAAGAGGCGGCGGCGACAUAUGGAGAAUGAAAGAGCAAAAAGAGUGUCGUUCCGCCUGGCCAACAGCAUCUCCCAGGUGUGAGGGCUGGAAGGAGACCAAGUACUCUGGCGGCUGGUGCCCCAUCCUGUUGACCACUCCUCCCCACCUUUCAGCUCAUUCUCUUUGGAUUGUGGAUGUGAGACAAGUCUUGUUGAGCUCAUAGUGCCCUUCUUUGCCGUUUGCAUCUUACAGCAUUUAUUUUGGAGCCAUAGUGCAUCCACUACAGAGAAUAAACAGCAAAGAGGGGGGUGUUCCCUGUUACCAGAACCAUCAGAUGUGUAGGGUCCACUUGACAAGACCAAGCCCAGUUAGGCUUGGGAGGACCAAACUUCCUUGGUGAAUUCUUUCUGCUGAGGAAGGCAGACAUUUCUCACCUUUCAGUGUGCAGGGCUCAGGAGCAAUGUAUAUAUCUGAACUCCUCCUGGGCCCAGAAGAGGGUAAAAGAAGGGAGAGAGGUUCUGACAUAUGGCAGGCCUGUGAUCCCUGGCCCAGCACAGCCAAAGACUGUCACUGUUUGCCUUUGUUUGGCCUGCUCGGACAGAGGCACCUGCCCUGGACAGGGCAAUGAGGCUUCUAGAGGCCAUAGGUCUCAACUGGUGCCUAUUCGGGUUCUAACGGUUUUCAGGGUAUUUGUUUUUCGUGCCCCCUUUCCUGAUGCUGACUUAGGUGGCCUCUGUGAAGCUCUGGAUAGUAUGGCAUUCUUGAUGGGGCUGGGUGGCUGUGCAGAGACCACUUACAUCUUUAGGCUCAGAGUUCACUGGCAGGCUUAAGAAGAUGCUAACUUCAGAGCGUGCCAUCUGUGCCACUACUUUGGUGUCAGAACCUGCUUCUUAGAAGUGAUUGUUGGUGGCCACCCCUUCGUUAUGUCCAUUCAGAGGUCCAGACCCUGAGUUCUGCUUGGGAAAACUAUGAGGAAGCUGCUGUCUGCUUCACAUACAGAGGUUCCAGGCCAAGGAGAAUGACCCACAACCAGCUCACUCUGCUGGGUCUCUCCUCCUGCUUAGAGAUCCUAGUUCUCAACUUCUCCACUUCACAGAACCAAAGAUCAGAAGUGAGUCCUCUGACUCGCCUGCCCUCAGGCUGUCCACAGCCCAGAAAAAGCCAAGACUCUGCUGGCAGCCCUUUUUUUGUUGGAGGUUGGAGAAGGCCAGAGGGACCAGCAGGAGCCAGACCUAAGCAUUCGUGGAAGUUCUAUCUGGGGUGGAAAAGCGGAAAACUGAGAGGCGAGAAGCCUCUUUGGUGUCCUUUGGUGACCCUGAAGUAACUUCAGGACUUUAUUUCUCCUAGAAUGCAGAGAGAAGUGUUCUGGAGGUCACAGGCACAGGAGCGGAGCUCCAGGCUGCAUCUCGGGUGGAUUGUUGUGGUCUGUGCAAGGUGUUUGGGAGGAAAAGGCAUAGGCAGAUGCUGGGGGUCAGGCCGCCUCACGAGCAAGGGCUUGGUUGAGAAGGAACCUAUUGCUGAUGUUGGCUUGGCCUGGGGACAGCUCUCCCUGGUCCUGUCAUGGCUUAGCUAAUUUCAAGGGGGCUGUAGGUCAUGGCUUUACUUUUGCUAAGAGAUGCAGUUUAAGGAAGUUCUUAUUUGUAGGGCCCUUGUUAAUGGGAUAAUUUUGAUCAGAGAAAACAUUUCUUCUCUCCUUGUGAGUGAUGGGACUGCUCGUUUCUUUUCCACCCAGGCUGAGAGAGCAUAUUCACUUCAAAGCAGACUGUGCCCACUGACUUGCCAUUCUUUCACCAGCACAUGCCAAGCUCUCCUAAGCAGAUGAACUUCCAUAAUCCUAUUUUCUAGUUUGGGGUAACUAAGUCUUGAGUAAUCCAGUAGCCAGGCAAUCUUUGCAUGUAACCCUCUACUCUUUGGAGCUCACCUGACUUUAUGGUUUGGGCUCUGACCACUUCCCUUUCAAUUUUCAAAUCUUUUUCUCUGUUUAGUUGGCUUGGCAAGGUUCUCUCUGUAAUUACCUCAUUAAUUCCUCCUCUUGGUCAUCUUUCCUUUGUGUGGCCCACCUUCACACCUUCUCUGAAUGAGCUUCACCAGUGUUUUGUGUUGGGCAGCUGGGUGAGGGCUAUGACAGGCUCAAACCCAAUUGACAUCUUUCCCCAAGACCAGCUAGAAACCACAAAUAUGAAGCAAAAUACCUAGUUAGGUGCUUGGCUUCACUUUUAUCAGUGAAGUUCCCAGCUUGGGUGUAGCCUGCUGGGCCAGUGGACCUUAGUAAUGUGGUAGAGAGUCACAUAUUCCCUUCCCACUGCAGAGACCCUGCAUGCUGAGAAGCUCCCUUUAGGCACCUGAGCAGUGGGGGAGGGGUGGGAGGUAGGGUGUCCUUUCCUCCAAGGGUGCGAGGCCCUGGCCCACCAUCCCUACGUUGGUUACCCCACAACAGUGCCCUCUCCCUGGCUUUUCCUAUGUACCUAGCACCAGUGUUUUAACUGAUGGUUUUGUUUUGUUUUUGCAUGCAGAAAACAACAUGAUGUUUCAGAAGUUGAACAAAAGGCUACUAGCUGAGUGACUGACUUCACUGGCUCUUUGCUAACAUUUGAGCUAAUCCUGUUUUUGACUUAUUCCCAUAAUGGCCCCAUUUUGGAGUCAGUUAAGUCCUUUGGUCAUUGACAAAGUCAGGAAAUGGAAAUACAAUGAGUUCUGGAUUCUUACGGUAUAGAAUGCAGUCCUAGAAGAGAAAUUGGGUUUCUUGGGUAUACUGAGAAACAGAAGAAUGGAGUGGCUUCGGUUGAUGCAAAGGAGAUUUUAGUGCACUCUUCUAGAAAUGGAUAGGUUGGCCUUGCCUAACUUCCAGCGAUUGCCAGCUACACACCCUGCCUGUCUUUGCAGGUACCCCCUCCCUAGCAGCAGCCACGAGAUCCUCUGCAGGCUCUGCUCCACAGAAGACCCUACCAUCAACCCUGGCGGACUCUGGCUCUCUGUACCCAUUUCUGGCAACAGGUCUUUGCCUUGCCUCUAAGACCUAGACCUCUUCUUGUUUGUUCCUGGGCUCUGCUCUGCUUUCUCUCUCACUCCAUGGUGUCACCUAUAGUCUUCUCUUCUGAACUCCUGAACUGAGACUUUGUUCCUUUUGGAUUACCAUCCCCUAUGCUUCCUCUUCUCCCACUCCAACACUGCUGUUAAAUAAAUUGCCUACUCCUUUAGCCCAGUUCCAAGACCUUAGCUUUCUGUUCUUCCAGUCUUUCAGCUUUCUCCUGGACUUCUUCCUCUCCUGAGCCUAAACCCAUGGGCCAUGACACACUGACGGUUUUGUCAGCAUCCUGAACUUCCUCAUCUCCUCCAACUUUUGCUGAAACUAUCAACCAUUCUCCAUUUUCUGCAUCAACCUAUUUUUUGCUCCCUCUCUCUGGGCCCCUAAGCAUGAAAAAUUCAGAGUUGACAGUCUCAGUUGGGCUCUCAGUACUGAUUGGUGUGUCUUUGACUUGUUACUACUCUGCUUUCUAUCCAUGCCCUUCAUCUUUGCUGUCAGCAAAUGACUGGCCUCAUUGCCUACUUCACAGAAGAGAGGCCCUAAAGCAAAAACUUUCCUGUCCGUGUGCUCCUCUCCCCCUCCCAUCCCUCUGUGUCUGUAUCCCUCCUCAGCUCCUUUCCAGUUGCUCCUAUUUGGUGCUCUAUUCUUGAAUCCUGCUAUAUGUCUUCCAAGACUUUGCUCCAUUGCAUAUCCCACUGCUCCCAUUUUCCAGAGUCUUCAACCUCCCUCUCCAUUGAUUACCUCCACAUAGCUUACAAACAAACAAAGUUCUCCCCAAGAUUAAAACAAAAUUUCUUAGAGUCUGUCGCACUUACAGUUUUUUCCUCAAUAGCCAAGUUUCUUUAAAAAAAUCCAUUGAUUUCUUCUUCAUCACUUUCCAAUCCUCUAUAGAUUUUCAUAAAGGUCACCAGUGACCACCCAGUUGCCAAAUCAAGCGAAUACCUUUCGAUCCUCAACUGUCUUGAACUCUCUACAGCAUUUCACAUCAUCUGCCACUUCCUGUUUGAAAAACCCUCUUCACUUGGCUUUCAUGACAGCACAAUUCUCUGGAUUAUCCUCUUACCUUUCAGCCACACAGGCUGAGCCUUCCUUGAAAUAUUGACAGGGGGACACAUCUGUAGCUUUCUGUGGUCUCUCCUCUUUAGGGGUAGGAUAGUCAGGAGGAAGCACAGCUGCUCCUGCUCCCUGCCCUCUGUGUCUGCCUGUUCUCUCUGAGUUCAUUUCUUCUCCUGGACUCAGUUCUCCUCAUGCCAAGCAUGUGUAUGAGCUCUGCUGGGAGGACACCAUCUGUGAUUGUCUCUGUCUGUCUCUCCCAUUGCAGCACAGAGACAGAUUUUAGCCAUGUUUGCUAAGAGGCCCCAUAUAAAUCAGCCCAAGAAUGUGGACUGGAUCUUACCAAGAAGAAACUUGGUAGGCUGGAUUACCCAGCUGGUGGGCAGCUCUUCACCAGGAUCCUCAUACCAGUUAGAGCCUGCCUUAGUCGGUAAGGUCUUGGAAUCAUGGUAAGCAUGUUUCCAUGCAUGGUUCGGUUCUGCUAGCCAGGAGGAGAAUCCUGGCGGGGGCGGGGGUGGGUGUCUGCCACUGAUAACAUUCUGACGGAGGGAAACUGGGCAGUGCUGUGAUUCAUCACUUGCUUGGGGUUCAGCUGGGGUCAGCCUGGCCCCUUUAGCUGGGUUUUCCCGUCUGUUCUGGUCACCACCACCUGCUUGCUCCAGUUGUUCCUGGAGCUAGAAGCAGAUGCCGGUUGUUUUCUUGGAGGCAGGAGGGUAUGGUAGAAAGAUAUCUGAUUUGAGAUGCUAAACACCAAAAUUUUGGCUCUGCCAGUUGUGAACUGUGUGACCUUGGGUACAGUUUCCCCAUCUAUAAAGUUGUGGGGAGGAAGGAUGGUGAAAACAGUGCUCUCUCAGAGGCUCUCCAGCUCUAAAGAUGGUAAUGGUGAUUCUAAUUCUAAAGCUCAGGCCACACAGGGAGCAAGGGAACACUGGAGCAGUGAGCAGUUCACAGCUAGGGAGUCCUGACCAAGGCAGGGCAAAGGGACUCACAGGCCAAAAUGAGCUGCUUUGAGGAAAGUCUUUAGUAGCUGGUGCUGCUUCUGGAGCCAUAUACCCAUUCCUCAAACUGCACCCCUUUAUUGGCUGUGUAGGGUGAGUUCCUCCUAGGCCUUUUCUAGAAGUGGACGUUGGAUCCAAAGUGGUUGGGGGCAUGAGGGAGGAACAUGAUAAGGGGAAGUGUCACUGAUCUUAAUAGGACCUACACAUUCUAGAACAAAUUAAAAGAUAGCACUUUUCUUUACCAGUAAUUGUGUCCUGGAGUGUUUUUUGAGUGGAGAUGGUUGAACAUGCUUCAUGGUCUUCUCACCCUCAGACUCCAACAUCAUUAAGACACAAGGUGAGGAAGAGUAGACUGGGGAGCUUUCUCUCUAGGGAAGAACUCAGCUCUCUGCUGCUUAUUGCACGAACACAUCCUGUUCUUUAAAAUACAGGCAGCGAGUCUGAAGGAGAGUUAGGGGGAAAAGCAUCUUAAGAAUGCCCACCACUUCUGGACGCUAAACACUUUAGGAAUAUCCUUUAUAUAGUGAU